UAGCGCUUGACAUAAAACUAUUUAUAUAUGUCAUCAUAUGGAAUUAUAUAAAGUUUUAAAAAUGUUCUUUUUAGAUAUAUAUUUUUAUUGUUUUUCUUCAUUGGAUAUUACGUUGAUUAGACUGAUUCCAAAUAAUGUUUAGGAUUGUCCUGGUGCUGUUACAUGUCAAUCCCCUGGGGCGCGGCAAAUGAAACUACGUGCGAUUGCGUCAAAAUCUUUCUCACGUGUAAAUUGGUUAAUUAACCACGUGCAUUCACAUCGAUUGACACUGGCACAGCUGCAUACUGUCUUUGUGACCAAUUUCUUCGAAAAUUGCGCGACAUUGAGAAAAGUUGCAAGAAAUGGACCCGUUAAUGUUUGGCAAUGUUUUACAAUAUCUAUCCUUUGGAAGAUACACUGAAGGCUCGUCUAAAACUCAAAAAUACAAGAUAAGGCGUCGGGCAGUUGACUUCGCAGUUCACGGUAAUUACAUUUUCAAAAAUUAAAUCAAUUUUUUUUUUUACAAAUGAGGUCCAACCGACCCACACCCGUAAAACUUGGAUCGUUUGCCAUAGUCCUCCACGUUUUCCUCAGUCCUCGCAUGCACAAGCGGGGGAAAAAGUCUUUAAUCUUUUCCUGACCUAAUUUGAGACAACUACCUUCUUUGAGACCAUUUCCAUUAACAUUUUUCAAGUAGCCCAUUACCAAUAUAUAACUUGAAAUUGUAGUCAAAGUAAUAGUAUUAUUUAUCGAAAAAUUAGGGCAAAUUAUUGUGCAUUGAGACAAGCUUUGUAUAUCGACUUAGUUACCUUUCCAAUUUUAUUUUAAAAUUUCAACUUUAUUUGUCAGCAAACCGUCUUUUGGCUGAUCUGCUAGUUAGCCAGGAGAACUGGCACUAUGUGUGUGUGCGUGUGGUGGUGGUGGUGGGUGCGUGUGUGUGCGCGCGCGCACGUGCUUGUGUGUGUUUUAACAUGUGAUAUUUCUACAGAUGGAGUCUUGUAUUACUGCAAAGGAUGCUGUGAUUCAAAACGCAAGGUAGUGACCUUAACAGAGGAAGCGGAACAAAUAUUUAAAGAGUUCCAUGCCAGUCCUUUCGGUGCCCACUGUGGCAUUGUUAAAACAAGACACGAGAUCACCAAGAGGUUCUACUGGCCUGGCAUGACCAAAGAUAUUGAAAAAUGGGUCAGAGAGUGUGCAGAGUGCCAGCAUGGUGCGCUGACAAUAAAGCAGGAAAAACGCCAAAUCCCGAUUGAAGUGAGUAAACCAUUUGAACUCAUUGGUAUGGACCUUAUUGGGAAGGUUGUGAAAACCGAUGAUAAUAAUCAAUACAUUGCCGUGAUGGUUGAUUAUUUUACUAAAUGGCCGGAGGCUUAUCCUUUGACAUCAAAGUCAGCAGCUGAUGUUGCCCAGUGCAUUAUUAAGUUCUUUUAUCGCUUUGGGGCUCCAAAGCGAAUCCUCACUGAUCAAGGGAAGGAAUUUGUUAAUGAGCUGAACAAAGAGCCAUGCAGAACUCUGGGCAUUGAGCGGAGCCUUUGUGCUCCGUAUCACCCACAAACAAAUGGUUUAGUUGAAAAACUAAAUGGGACCAUUCAAAGAUCACUGUGCAAACUUGUCAAAGAGAGGCCGAACACAUGGGACAAAUAUUUGGAUGCUGUGAUGUUUGGUCUCAGAACCAAAAAACAAUCAACAACAAAGUUUUCACCAUUCUUUGUCCUAUUUGGAACCGAGGCUCGGCUCCCAUGCGAGGUUCCAGACAAUAUUCUGAUUGACAGCAAAAUUGAAGAGAGUCUAGAUGAGGAGUCUGUGUUGGAGUCCAUCCAAAAAAGGGACGAAAUCUUCAAAUUAGUACACCAUAACAUCAAAACAGUUCAAAACAAAUACAAGUCAACAGCAACAGACACAUCAGGACUAUUCAAGGUUGGAGACAGAGUCUUACGAAAAAAUGUAAGGAGCCAACAGCGAAAGGGUGGGAAGUUGGAACAAAACUGGACCGGUCCUUAUACAAUAGUAAAAAUAAACAACAAAAGUGCAGACCUCCAAUCAAAAACAGCUUUUUUGCCAAAAAUCAGCACAGACCAACUGAAAAUAUUCCUGGAAUCAGAACCCAAAAUUCUACAUAACUUUAAAAAAACAGAAAAACAGGACAUCACCAACAUUCCACCUGUUGUGGAUCCAGACGUCACCACCCAGCCUGCAGAAGAUCCUGCCUCCACCAUUCCACCUGUUGUGGAUCCAGACGUCACCACCCAGCCUGCAGAAGAUCCUGCCUCCACCAUUCCACCUGUUGUGGAUCCAGACGUCACCACCCAGCCUGCAGAAGAUCCUGCCUCCACCAUUCCACCUGUUGUGGAUCCAGACGUCACCACCCAGCCUGCAGAAGAUCCUGCCUCCACCAUUCCACCUGUUGUGGAUCCAGACGUCACCACCCAGCCUGCAGAAGAUCCUGCCUCCACCAUUCCACCUGUUGUGGAUCCAGACGUCACCACCCUGCCUGCAGAAGAUCCUGCCUCCACCAUUCCACCUGUUGUGGAUCCAGACGUCACCACCCUGCCUGCAGAAGAUCCUGCCUCCACCAUUCCACCUGUUGUGGAUCCAGACGUCACCACCCAGCCUGCAGAAGAUCCUGCCUCCACCAUUCCACCUGUUGUGGAUCCAGACGUCACCACCCAGCCUGCAGAAGAUCCUGCCUCCACCAUUCCACCUGUUGUGGAUCCAGACGUCACCACCCUGCCUGCAGAAGAUCCUGCCUCCACCAUUCCACCUGUUGUGGAUCCAGACGUCACCACCCUGCCUGCAGAAGAUCCUGCCUCCACCAUUCCACCUGUUGUGGAUCCAGACGUCACCACCCAGCCUGCAGAAGAUCCUGCCUCCACCAUUCCACCUGUUGUGGAUCCAGACGUCACCACCCUGCCUGCAGAAGAUCCUGCCUCCACCAUUCCACCUGUUGUGGAUCCAGACGUCACCACCCAGCCUGCAGAAGAUCCUGCCUCCACCAUUCCACCUGUUGUGGAUCCUUACUCUGCCUCUGAAUUUAUGGAAGCAGCUAUGGAUCCUGGUGUGAGAACACUAUCUGGCUGUGCGAAAGUAGAACAAUAUAUUCGGAAAGCCUGGGAUGGCACUACAGCAGGUAUAAUUCUGUCCAAAAUAGGUCCUUAUAAAUUAUUUUACUCGGACAUAUGUCGAACAGCACCAGGAAGGGAACUGGAGAGCGAGGUGAUCAAUGCCUACAUGAAGCUUUUGGAGAAAAAACUUAAUACAUCCUCUGCCGAGAAAGUCAUGUGUAUUGACUCUUUUGCCAUGACUGAUGUGUGGCAUAAGAAAUUUCCACGCUUCAAGUGGGAUCCCACAGACUUCAAAACUUUAUACGGCAUUGUUAAUGACAACCAUCACUGGUUUGCUGUUAUUAUAUAUCCAAAACAGAGAAAAUCUCUUCUUCUGGACUCGCUUGGGGAAGGUAGUCAGAAGUUGAGGAAAUGCCAAGAUAUAUCAAGAGCUUUUAUGAGGAAUCAGGGAAUGAAUGUGUCAAGAUGGGAAUGCACCACACUUCCACAUCCCCUGCAACCUGACUCAAAUUCCUGUGGAGUGUUUGCCAUAAAGUUUGUUGAAAAAGUUCUGAUGGGACAACAGCCUGUUUUUCCUGCUGGACCCAAGGAUGUGGAAAUACUACGUUGGCAGAUUGCAGUCAUUCUCUUGGAGGCCUCAGAUGACUUGACAUCUAUCUGCUGCAUCUGUGGACAUGAAGAGGUGGAUGACUCCCAAGAUAAUAAGACCAUUAUUUGGAUAUCCUGUGAUGUGUGCGCGAGGUGGUUUCACCAUGCUUGCUUGGGAUGUCCAGACACAUCAUCAGCUUUUACUUGUGAAGCCUGUUAGGAGCCUAAACAUGAAACACUACCGUAGUAGUACACCUUUUCUUUCAUAGCUUUGCAUUUGUACUGUGCAGCACUUAUUAUUUGAUUUAUUUUACAUUUUCAAAUAAACAUGUUUGUAUGAUUUCUUAAUUUCACUUGUAAAACCUAUGUUUAUACCAGUUACAGAAAUUUUCACACUAUCUGUUCAGUUUUAAACUAAUGUUAAAUAAAUAUUGUACUUUUGUAAAUAGUUAAUACAUUGUUAAAUUUUGAUAUUAGCCUAACAAUUAUCUGUUUGUGUUCCUUUGUUUUUCUUAUGUUGGAAAUAUAGAUCAUGCUUAAAAAUGAUACUGAACUGGUCAUUCAUUUCGAAAAGAAGGAGAAUAAACAUGAGAUUGGCGACAACAAUGGU